ACGGGUGCGCCCCGGAAGCAGUUCUUUGGCCCUGUGACACGUAGCAACGGAGCCUGUUCAGGGUCUUAAGCCUUAUUGAGGGGUUUUGGGGGGUUGCUGGACCUGCUGACGCCGCUACCGCCGCUUCCCGGUUUGGCGCGGCCUUCCAGGAGUCUGCCCUUUCCCAGAAGGCCCGGGCCUUCUUUUGCAAGGAGACAGUCGCAUUGUCAGCGGCAGUCUGCCGUGAGAUUAUUUGCAAUGGCAGGGUUUGAUAACUUAAAUACGGAUUUCUACCAGACAAGUUACAGCAUCGAUGACCAGUCACAGCCGUCCUAUGACUAUGGAGGAAGUGGAGGACCCUAUAGCAAACAGUAUGCUAGCUAUGACUACUCGCAGCAAGGCCGAUUUGUCCCUCCAGACAUGAUGCAGCCACAACAGCCAUACACUGGGCAGAUUUUUCAGCCUACUCAAGCGUAUACUCCAGCGACACCUCAGCCUUUCUAUGGAAACAACUUUGAGGAUGAGCCACCUUUAUUAGAAGAAUUAGGUAUCAAUUUUGACCACAUCUGGCAAAAAACACUAACAGUGUUACAUCCAUUAAAAGUAGCAGACGGUAGCAUCAUGAAUGAGACUGAUUUGGCAGGACCGAUGGUUUUUUGCCUUGCCUUUGGAGCCACAUUGUUACUGGCUGGCAAAAUCCAAUUUGGCUAUGUAUAUGGGAUCAGUGCAAUUGGAUGUCUAGGAAUGUUUUGUUUACUAAACUUAAUGAGUAUGACAGGUGUUUCAUUUGGGUGUGUGGCAAGUGUCCUUGGAUAUUGUCUUCUUCCUAUGAUCCUACUUUCCAGCUUUGCGGUGAUAUUUUCUUUGCAAGGAAUGGUAGGAAUCAUUCUCACUGCUGGAAUUAUUGGAUGGUGUAGUUUUUCUGCAUCCAAAAUUUUUAUUUCUGCAUUAGCCAUGGAAGGACAGCAACUUCUAGUAGCAUAUCCUUGUGCUUUGUUAUAUGGAGUCUUUGCCCUGAUUUCUGUUUUUUGAACUGAAUUUAUCUGGCAUGUGGACAUCAUUGGGCCAAAAAGGACUUGAACUCUUAAAUUGGACCAGCGAACUGCUACAGUGCAACUCUCAUGCAGACCUAACAUUUGACUGUUGGAGCAAUGGAAGUAAAUAUGUAUCUUUUGUUCAUUUUUAUAGAACUUUUGAAUACUAUGUUGGAUUUAUCUGCAGUAUGACUAGCUUUAAGUAUUUGUGCUUAUACAGAUAAGAUUAAGAAGUGCUAUUUCCUGUUCCUGCAACCUUUGAAAAACAAAUUUUUUCCUUGCAAAUUAUAUUAAGAUGUUUUUAAUAGAUUUUUAUCAACUGUGGGAAACUAACCACAUAAUAAUCUUUCUUAGAAACAACCCAGUCAUAGUUAAGAAGACACGAGAUGUAUUGCAGAAAUAUUUUUCCAAGGGAUUAGGAAAGAAAAAUUGCCUAUAUUCUCAAGUUAGUUGCACUUGGAGCAAAAAAGUGAUCCCAAAGUAGAAUUUUUAUAAGUUUGCACUUCCAAAAUUUGACAUUCCUUUAGAUUAUCUCAUGGAGUUUUUGCUAAAAUUCAAAGAGACAAGAAGUUCAUAGUCUACUUUAUUGUAGACAGGAAAUGUGAACACCUGUUAAGGUAAGCAUUAACUAAAUCGUAGUGACCCAGGCUGGCUACAUUUAUGUUCAUUGUUGGAUCUUCAUAUUUCCUAGAAAAUCACUAACCUUUUUUGAAAAAAAUAUUUAAAAUGUCACAAUUUCAGUACUGCAGUUACCAAUGUAAAAUGCAUUUGAUGCUUAGUAAUUAAAAAUUUCCCAAUUUUAACUGCUGUUGAGUUGAUUUUUACUGUUUUUGUUAUCUCAUUUUCUUUAACUAGUUUUAACUUGUAUUCCUGGUUUAGCCUGAGUUUUAAGAACAGAAAUUUUUAGUAUAAAAUUAGAGAAAAAAAAAAGAGAUUAAGUGAAAGGCAAUUUGAGUUACAAUAUUAUUUCCUUGUAUUAAAUUUGUUUGGCUAAUGUCAUGCUCUCUUGUCAGAGAAUCUGUGGGAAAAUGCUGUAUCUUAUAUUUUGAUCAUUGGGUUUUUCUGAAAAAACUGCCUCUGAUUUUGGACAAGCUCAGUUACACUUACGAGAAAGGUGCCCUGUGGGGAGGCAAAUGUUGCCCUCUUUUUUUGGGGGGGGAGACUUAGACUAAUUAAAAAAACAAACUGAUGUUUAUUGUUGGUUUUAAAAGGUAGUGUUCAAUCAAAAGAGGAGGUUACGUUAAUAAAACAUAUUUCUUAUAA